AAAUUAAUAUUUAGCCAGCGUUAUUGUCAGUCUGGCAGGUGACAGAAAAUUGAUAUAUUUGGAUCAGAUAAUCAGAAACGAAAAUUGUACAAGCGUUUAAAUACUUUAAAUAUUGGCUGCUAUGCUUAAAUUUUCAGUUCAAAAUGCGACAGAAAGACCACCAGCCCUAACUUGGAAAAGCUAGGGCUUUCAUUGUUAAAGUGUAGUUAAACUGUUGUAAAUUGUGUUAGUUGUAUUGCUAGGAGUUAUACCUAGAUUUCGUACAAUAUCUAGUAAGAAAAAUGCCAGUUUUUACGGCAAACAUACCUGCGGACCUGAAGAUUGGCGAUAGAAUAGAAAUUGGCGGCAAAAUUAAGAAAAAUGCCAGAAAGAUGUCAGUGAACCUGUGCACGCAGGAGGGGGAGGAGCCACGCGAUGUGGUACUCCACUUCGACGUGCGCUUCCACAGAGACAACAUUAUAUCUCUGUCUCGCAAGAACGGACUAUGGAUCGGCAGCGGGAAUUAUGACACCAACUACAACAUGUUCGUGCCUGGCACAAUGUUCCGCAUAAUCUUCGAGAUCAAGGACACCGACGUGAUCACGAUCUACUGCCAGGGCAAGUUCCAUUCCAACUUCCUGCCCAAGAUCCCCUUGUCCAUGGCGAAGUACAUCGUGGCCUGGGCUGAUAUACAGCGGAUCACGCAUUGCUACUUUCAUACGGGAGUCAAAGCCCCUGGUGGAGACCAGCCCCCCGUCGCCCCUUUGCCGCCGCGGCCCACCGUGGCCCCUGCUAUUGGGCUGGAAAAGAAGCGGAGCACUCGCGUGAGGAAACAUCCAGCCCAGGACUGUCCCCAGCUGCGCUCGUCCGAGAGUUCUGACGAUGAACAGUCGGUGAAAGUCCGACCGAAUACCGAAGGUCGGGCUGACAAGUUCUUCUUUGAGACGCUCAUGUGCCAACAGUCAAGGGAAACCACGAAAUUCGGCGGAGCGGCAGUAGAGCCCCGCUACAGAAGUGCCAGCCGCGAGCGCGUGAGACCAGACAGUGCCAGAAAAUUCGAACAAGACGAAAGCGACUACUCCGAGGAUGUUACUUCGAAGAAUGACUACUCUGUGGCAGAUGACGCUGAAGUGUUGCCUGCUUCAGGGUCAAAUCGGGGUUGGAAACGAAUGCGGAUGUUCCGAAGAAAGCAGAUGAAAUAUGGAAAAGACGGUUCCAAGGAAAUACGCAUAUUGAACUAGAAAAUAAAAAGAAGUCUUCCGUUAUUAUCGGUACAAUCCGUUUUUCUCUAAA